CCCGGUCCCCCUGAAGCCGCGGCGCCUCCGUCAUUGAUCAGCUGUUCGAGGACCGAGACGCUCGCUUCAUCAUGAAAUAAGUGACCCUGCAUCUGGUUGUGAAGAUUUUGAGUAUUAGAAAUGAUGAAUGGUGAUGUCUAUGGACGCUUUGGGAGUGAUGACGAUGAUGAUGAUGAGCACGAUGGACCCGGGCGGCACAUUUCCCCGCCUGAAGAUCCCUGGCAUCUCAUUUAUAUAGCCCUUGUGCUGGCAGGAGUUGGCUUUCUCUUACCUUACAAUAGUUUUACAAUCGCAGUUGAUUACUUCAAACAACGCUAUCCAGAAUCCACAAUUGUUUUUGACAUUUCCAUUGUAUACAUCUUUGUUGCAUUUGGGGCUGUGCUCUUAAACAACCUGUUUGUGGAACUGGUACCCCUUAACAUCAGAAUUAUAUUUGGAUAUAUUGUGUCAUUACUUAUGUUGAUCUUCGUCAGCUUCUUUGAAAUUUGGUGGCCUGACACUUUCCCAGAACAUGUCUCAUACAAAAUCACUCUCUUCUCCGUCUCAGUUGUGGCAUUUGGUUGUACAGUUCAGCAGUCAAGUUUUUAUGGAUACACCAGCAUGCUUCCAAAGCGAUACACUCAGGCCGUCAUGACAGGAGAGAGCACAGCUGGACUAAUCAUCUCGGGGAACCGUAUUUUGACAAAAUUGCUCUUGGACGAUCAGCGAACAAACACGCUGAUCUUCUUUGUUGUCUCCAUCGCUUUUGUCUUCCUCUGCCUCAUUACUCAUAUUGCUGUUCAGAAGACAACAUUUAUACAGUUUUAUCUAAACUUAUGCCGUACAAGUGAAGACAGAGAUGACCUCAAGAGAAUUACUUUAGAGCCAUCAGAAGAUGCUACUCUAGUCGACAUAGGGAGGGGCUUUCAUGGCGGUGGAAGUGCUAAUAGUUCAUAUGGAGGGACAGUGACAACCUCUGACUCAACAGCCACUUUCCAUUCUGCUGCCACCUUGCCUAGUGGAACACAUCAUCAUGGGGAGAGUAAGAGGAGUUAUACAUCUACAUAUACAAGAUCAAUUAGACUUUGGUCUGCUAUUAAGAGAGGAGUUAUUGCUCGUUGGCAAGUUGGCCGGAAUGUUUGGCAAUACAUGGUCUCAAUUGCAUUAGCUUACUUUGUCACCUUAUGCCUUUACCCAGGGAUUGAGACAGAAGUG